AUACUCUACAACUUAAUUUCAUUCCAUGCCAUUAACCAUAGCAUUCAGCAUCUAUAAAUACCCCAAACCUCUUCAUAGAAGCCAACAUCAAAUACUACACUAAAUAAAUACACCCUCAAAAGUUUGUUCAAUUCUCUCCUAUAUUAUAUAUUUCGAUAUCCUUAAUACUUCAAGGUGCUGCAUUAAUGGCUGCAUCUUGGUCGUGUUGCUUACUUGUAAUGCUUGUUUUGAUGUCAGUUAUUGAAUCAGAAAGCCGAGUGGCGAGGAAGGAUUUAGGUUUGGACCUUGGUGGGUUAGGAAUUGGACUUGGAGCAGGAGUAGGUUUGGGAAUUGGAGGUGGUAGUGGCUCUGGAUCCGGAGCCGGAGCAGGUUCUGGCUCUGGUUCUAGUUCUUCUUCAAGUUCAUCGUCAUCUUCGUCUUCUAGUUCUGGUUCGGGAUCUGGUGCAGGCUCUGAAGCAGGCUCGUAUGCAGGAUCUCGAGCUGGAUCUGGUUCAGGCAGAAGUCGAGGUAGAGGUGGUGGUGGUGGUGGUGGUGGUGGAGGAGGAGGAGGAGGUGGUGGUGGUGGUGGUGGUGGUGGAGGUUCUGGGGAAGGAUCAGGUUAUGGCUCUGGUUAUGGUCAUGGCGGGGGUUAUGGUGAAGGUGGUGGUGAUUAAUUAAGGAAAUGCAUUAAUGAAGUGAUUAAUAAGUAUAUAGAUUAUAAUAUGGUUGUUUCAAAUAAAAGAAAAUAUUAGUGUGUAAUAAAUAAGUAAGAAGUUGGUGUGUAUUAUUUUAGUGAAGAAUAAUCAGUUGUGUUUCAAUUUUAAACCGUUUUCUAUUUGCUUUAGAGAUUCUGAUUUCUACGUGUAAUUUGGCAUAGCUUUAAAUGUUGUAACUUGGUUGAACUCAGAAAUAUAAAAUUGUUAUUUAAUUAA